UCCCCCUUCCCGUUCCUGAAUCUCGCGCAGAGGAGUUUUGACCCGCGGGAGGAACCGUAGUUGUCGUUCUUGCCGGGAACGGGUGACUCGGAGAUGUCGGAGAGGAAAGAGUCUGGAGACAAGAGGGGCCAGCCGUCGAGUCCUCGGCAGGCCCCGGUGACCAUCAGCGACGUGCAGGAGCUGGUGAGGCGGAAGGAUGAGAUCGAGGCGCAGAUCAAGGCCUACUAUGAUGUAUUGGAGGACCAAAAAGGAGUUGGGAUGAAUGAACCUCUGGUUGACAUCGAGGGAUAUCCUCGUGCAGACGUUGAUGUGUAUCAAGUUCGUACAGCAAGGCACAACAUUAUCUGUCUGCAGAACGACCACAAAGCCCUGAUGAAGCAGGUAGAAGAAGCCUUGCACCAACUCCAUGCCAGGGGAAAAGAGAAGCAAGCAAAGGAUGCAGCUGAGGCACAGAAUGAGGCUAUGAACCAGGGCCAGGGCUCAAGCUGGGGACCAAGUCCGAGCUUCUCUCAGCCUUUUGCAAAAGUGAACAGCAUCAGCCCUGGCUCUCCCGCCAGCAAUUCGGGUCUCCAAGUGGAUGAUGAGAUUGUGGAGUUUGGCUCAGUCAAUACCCACAACUUCCAGAAUCUGCAGAACAUCGGAACAGUGGUCCAGCACAGUGAAGGGCAUCCUUUGAAUGUGACUGUGCUCCGGAGAGGCGAGAGGCUCCAACUUAGACUUGUUCCAAUGCGCUGGGCUGGGAAAGGAUUGCUAGGCUGCAAUAUUAUUCCCUUGCAAAGAUGAUUGCCCUUCAGGACCAAUGAAAAAGAGGACCCUCCCUUCCCAUCCCCCGGACUGGGAGGUGGUUUGAAUGUCCCCAUCUUCCGCUCCUGCUGGAGCGUAAGGAUUUGAAAUGGGUUUGGAUGGGUGAACUCUCAGAUGCUGGAAAUGCUCCUCCAACAAGGGUUGUGACCAACACAGGCUUCCUGGAUGAAAGUGUGGUUAAAAUCUCAUAUUUGCUUAGCAUCUCUUGUAAUUUAUGCCUUGGUCUUUAAUGAAAAUUAUUUUUGCUUGUGGGUCAGUGGACAGGAAUUUAAUUUGACAGUAUUUAUAUUCUUAGAAGUUGCUUUAAUUUUAAUUUUUUUUAUUUUAAUUAAAAAAUUUAAAACUUUAGAUAAGGGGAUUAUUUGCAGUACACUAUUUUGUCCUGAUACAUAUAUAUGUAUAUAUCAUAAAAACAUACAAUCCAUCUAAACCAAAGCAUACACGGCUAGAAUCUUCCCAUAGAAACUCGUAUAUGAGAAGCUGCCAGUAGAGAUGAAUUGCUCAAGUUAUACAUUGAUUUCCAAGGUGUAUCAUCUUUUCCUACUAUUGAAAGCAGAGUAUGAUCAUAUUUAAGCUGAAGGGGGGUGGAUUCUCUGGAGCAUGAAUGGCUGGGUUGGGGUAUGGUAAAUCUUGAGUGUUGAGGUUUACAUGUGCAACCUCCAAACAGUUUGUAAACAUGGACCAAUUCUCUGACUUUUGGGGAAGGUGCUCAAUCAUAAUGGGACAUGCCAGUCUUUUGCCUCCACAAGGGGGCAGCAGGGUCUCCUAUUUCUGCAGUCUGGGUCAGAGAAAUCCACAUUUCCCUGCCUGGGUUAUCUGUCUCUUCCAUCCCAGCCAGUCUCUCAAGUGGUAGGAUGGCACUUGUGAACAUGGGCAGUGACAUUAACCGAUGGGAACCUGAAAGCUUGAAGUUUGGACCUUUGCUAAGUGUCUGAAUUUUUUAAACAGGUACUCUAAUAACUAGAAAUGAUUUUAAGUGACUCGCUCAUCCCUGUAGCUAUUCUGCUCCUUCCAGUGUACAAGUACAAGAUCUGUUUCUUCAUGGAAGAAAAGACAAUUGAGUUGAGGUUAGGCCGAGCCAUUGUUUACCAUCGGAAUAUCUAUCUAUGUAGCCGACAUGUCAUCCCUCAUUGAUGAAGUGUGAAGACUCAGGUGACGCACUGGGAGCCAUUUAGUUCUCAUACUCAAUUGGAAGUUUACUGUUCAGCAUUUUUCCCCAUAUGGAGAAACUGGGCCCCAACCUGUGUUCCUUCCAGAGCUAAUCUUCUAUUGUAACUUCGGACAUGCUGUGUUUACCAGUGUUUUGCCGUUUGAAUUGCAAGCAUUCUCACUACUCCAAGUGUUUUCAGAUCCCUUUUGCCUACGUCCCAGACAGUUUAAUAAACUCAGCCUAUGCCAUCCUG